GACGCGGCGUAAGUAAAAUGUGUAAUGUGUCGCAUAAUAGUGACGUCAAAGGACUCUUUGUCGCAAAGUGUAACACACGAGGAGUACGGUGCUAAUCUUUGGCAUAUUCACUCGUCAUGGGAAAAGCGAAGAAACAGAAAAAAUAUGCUGCAAUGAAAAGAAUGAUCACUUUAAAGGAUGCGAGGAUAAAAGAACAGGACAGGGCAAAAACACAAAAGAAAAAAAAAGAAGAUCCCUCAGCCAUUAAAGAACAAGAAGUAGCAAAGUACCCAUCUUGUAUGUUCUUUCAAUACAACACCCAGCUUGGACCUCCUUAUUACAUCCUUGUUGAUACCAACUUUAUCAACUUUUCUAUUAAGGCCAAAUUAGAUGUUGUCCAGUCGAUGAUGGACUGCCUCUAUGCUAAAUGUGUACCUUGCAUAACGGACUGUGUGAUGGCUGAGCUUGAGAAAUUAGGGAUGAAGUAUCGAGUGGCUUUGCGGAUUGCCAAAGAUCCCCGCUUUGAUCGAUUACCUUGCUCACACAAAGGAACGUAUGCUGACGACUGCUUGGUGCAAAGAGUAACACAGCACAAGUGUUACAUUGUGGCCACGGUGGACAGGGACCUAAAAAGGAGGAUUCGAAAGAUCCCAGGAGUCCCCAUCAUGUACGUCUCCAAUCACAGGUAUAACAUUGAGAGAAUGCCGGAUGAUUAUGGCGCACCACGGUUGUAGUACAGAGAUUUUUUUUUUUUUUUUUUU